AUGAGCGAGAGAGGAGAGCGCAGAGCCAGUGGGCGGGAAUCCCGCUCUGCCUCCAGAAGCGGAAGUGCGCAGAGCUCUGACAAAUCUGCGGCUUCUAGCCAUGCCGAGUCUCCUUUCAAGGAAAAUUCGAGACAUUCUGAAGCAAAGUCACGGUCCAGGUCCGGAUUCAGAUCCGACGGCUCGCGCACCCGUUCCCGCACCCGUUCCCGCUCCCGCUCCCGCACCCGCUCCCGCUCCCGCACCCGCUCCCGCACCCGCUCCAGUGCUUGCCGACAGACCCAGAGCAGGUCUUACAGUCAAGAUUGUCAUGGUUAUCGAAGAUACUAUAACUACAGUCGUUCUCCUCUGACUCCCUGCAGACACCCUAUGGGGAGUCCCAACUCUUGUCUCGGUGUAUUUGGUUUGAGCCUGUACACUACGGAAAGGGAUCUAAAAGAUGUAUUCACCAAAUAUGGCCCAAUUUCUGAUAUCUUCAUUAUUUAUGAUAAGCACACCAGGUGCUCCAGGGGGUUUGCUUUUGUGUAUUUUGAAAAUGUGAAUGAUGCCAGGGAAGCUAAACAGAAUGCUGAUGGGAUGGAGCUUGAUGGGCGAAAGAUUAGAGUGGAUUUUUCUGUAACAAGAAGACGCCCCAGUCCCACACCUAGAAUCUACAUGGGAAGACCUGCUUAUAUCAGAGGUGGUCGUGAAUAUGGUAACUGGGACUAUUAUGGUAGAUCCAGUAGAGGAGGAGUUGGAGUAGCAGCAGCCAGAAGCAGAAGAGGAUGGAGAGGUGGCCAAGAUACGAAUCAGAUUUUCCAAAGGCAAUUACCAUCUCCAUGUUACAGCCAAGGGAGAUACCGUUUCCAUUCCAGAUCUCGACCCUAUCGUCCUCAUCACUUUUAAAGCCUGAAGGUGGAGAAUUUGAUGGAGAAUUUCCAAAAGCUACCCUAUAAUUGUAAUGUGGGUUUUGUUUCUUUCUUCUUAUCUGCUCUUUCAAGAGUGAGCUAUGCCUAGUGAGUGAAGACUACUUUUGCUCGAGUUGAAAUGUUGUUUUCAUUAGGGGCGGCUAGCUGGUGCAGUGGA